UAAUAAAUACACGCCAGGUGCCUGCAGUUUGGUUUACCUGAGUGAGGUGCGCUUGGAGCACCAAUAUUGGACAUUUGACACCUGAGAGGACUACAACACUAUUCCUGUGGGUGAUUGAAAAGGGGACAUCGACAAUGAUACUAUUUUUCAUACUUGCAGUUUUCUCCUCUGCUAGAGGCCUACAGGUGACCAUUGGACAACCUACAUAUGAGGUUGCGCGAGGCGAUGAUGUCACCCUGGUGUGUAGUUUCAUUCCUGCUGCACAACCCAACCCCUCCACGUUGGUCAUCAUCACAUGGUCCAUGGAGGCUGAUAGCCCUGUUGAUCCGAAGAUUGUUAUUGCCACAUUCUACUCUAUCAAAAAUCAAGUGGACAUCAAGCCUUCCUAUAAAGACCGAGCAGAGAUGACCCAUGACAUCACUGGAGGGCGGAGCACCCUGACCCUCCGCAAGGUGUCCAUGCAGGACAACAGGCUGUGGCAGUGCAGGGUGCAGAUCCCUGGAGACGAGGAGGGGACGCCUUCCACCACCACCGAACUAGUGGUCCUUGUGGCUCCCUCCGUGCCCGUCGUCAGCGUACAGGGCGAAGCAGAGUACUGGAACAACAUCAACCUGACCUGUGUGUCUGAGGAGGGCUCCCCCGCCCCGACCUACAGCUGGAAAACAAACGAUGUCAGGAACACUCCCAGAGUAUUCCCACCGAGGACCACUGAGAAGAAUGGUGUUCUAUCUCUGUUUAAUAUCUCCACGGAGACUUCCGGUUUCUUCAUCUGCACCGCGACCAACCAGGUCCGAUCUGCCAGCUCAAACUUCACCCUCACUGUCAUGCCCCCCUCCAUGAAGGUUGGGUCCACAGUAGCCAUCAUUGGAGGGGUCGUAGCUGGGGUCCUGGUCCUGGGGAUUGUCAUAUACUGCUGUAGGAAGAAGAGGAACAAAUCUAAACAGGAGAAUGUUCAAGGAGUUCCAGAAGUGGAGAAGUUCCAUGACACGCCGACACUCAACGUUGGGGCAGGUUACCGGGACGACAUACCGGAAGACAGGACUGAGGGGAGCAUCGUGCUGCAUGACCAAUACGAGAUGAAAGGGGAGAUGGAUCACGAUGACCAAAGUGUUAGAACAGAUUGCAGUGAUGGCCGUAAGGAGAAGUCUGAUGACAACCGCAACAACUAUGGAGAUCAGCGCGAUCGCUAUGGUGGCAGCCGCGAUCGCCUCGACGACCAGCGCGAUCGCUAUGGUGGCAGCCGCGAUCGCCUCGACGACCAGCGCGAUCGCUAUGGUGGCAGCCGCGAUCGCCUCGACGAUCAGCGUGUUCGAUAUGGUGGCAGUCGUGAUCGCCUUGACGACCCACCUGUUCGCUUUAGUGGCAGCCGCGAUCGCCUUGACGACCCACCUGUUCGCUAUGGUGGCAGCCGUGACCGCCUCGACGAUCCACCUGUUGUUCGCCAUGGUGGCAGCCGCGAUCGCCUUGACGACCCACCUGUUCGCUAUGGUGGCAGCCGUGACCGCCUUGAUGACCCGCCUGUUGUUCGCCAUGGUGGCAGCCGUGACCACCUUGAUGACCCGCCUGUUGUUCGCCAUGGUGGCAGCCGUGACCGCCUUGAUGACCCGCCUGUUCGCCAUGGUGGCAGCCGUGACCGCCUUAAUGACCAACAUGAUCGGUACAAUGACCAGUACGACGAAUCAUAAGAUGACCAACAUGUCCUAUUUCCAGGUUGUCCAAUGGAAUUACAGCCAUCCUCCUCAAUGCUAAUCUGCUGGUACAGGGAGCCUACUUCAGUAGUAUCCCAUGCUGGUGCACUACCCUAUAAUCUCCCCUUCGAUUCUAAUGCCUCACAAACAAUCAUCAUGUUACUCGAUUUCCAGGCUGUUGUUAACUGCCCAAGGAGCUCAGUGAUUUGGACAUUUACUCAAUCAAAAUAAUACCAGAUCUUGGUGCACUUGAUAACCGGAAUUUGGAAAAUACAAAAAUGUUUUUAUUUGAUAAACAAACUAGGCCUAGACUUGGUCUUGGUAUUUGAUGAGCAUCCCCAUUAACUGUUGCAAAAGCAGCAGCUACUCUUUCUGGAGUCCACAAGAACAGCUCAAUAGACAAGAACAGCUCAAUAGACAAGAACAGCUCAAUAAACAAGAACAGCUCAAUAGACAAGAACAGCUCAAUAG